ACGCAGACAUACAGAUAGAUAUUAUUCAUCUCCAUAAAAUCAGACCCAAAUAUUCUUGCUUCUUCUACACCUUUCACUCCUUUGAUUCCACUCACCACAACCCCAUGUGAACAACUUCCAGUUGGGUUUUUGGUUCUGAGUUUUUAGAAACAAGAAUUUCCAGAAAAAUCCAAUCUUUCUGCUCUGUUUUUCUUUGGUUAUGUGACCUCUUCACUGUUUGAAGAUUGAAACUUUGUAGUUUUGCGUUGUGUUUGCGACUGGUUUCAAUGAGAGUUCAUAUCUGGGUCUGAAUAAAUAUCCCACCCUUUUGUCAUCUUUCAAUUUUCUUGUUUUCCUCUGUGCCUCUUCAAAGUUUCAAAAGCUCACAGUCAAGGUCUUAAAACAGACCCAUCUCAGAUCCUAACAAAACUACUCGUUUUCUCCGCCCCAAAUGAUCCAAACCCCACAACUUCUAGAGUUUGCAUCUUUUGGUUAUUAGUACCAUUCACACUUGAUCAAGCAAGUUACUCAAAAAGUGAGGCUUGCUCUUUUACGGUUUCUGCAAAUCAAACCCACUUUCACCGAAUCAAACAAGCUGUUCUGUCUCGCCCUGUUCAGAAAUGCAAGACCCAACAACGUUCCAACCCAUCAAGCCUCAAUUCCCAGAGCAAGAGCAGCUCAAAUGUCCACGCUGUGAUUCCUCAAACACCAAGUUCUGCUACUACAACAACUACAACCUCUCGCAGCCUCGCCACUUUUGCAAGAACUGCAAGAGGUACUGGACCAAAGGUGGUUCCCUCAGAAACAUUCCAAUAGGUGGUGGAAGCAGAAAGAGCACCAAGAGAUCUUCUUCGGGUUCGAAACGAUCUUCUUCAUCGGCUACUAAUUCAUCAUCAUCAACACUCUCAAGCUCUGCAGCUGCAGCAGCAGCAGGAGCUCAGAACCAAAUGGGUCAGAAAAUCGAUCAAGAAAAUCCGAUGGUGGGUAUCUCAGGGAGCUUCAGCUCAAUGUUAACUUCUAAUGAUCAAUUUGGGUCUCUUAUGGAGGGUCUGAAUCCAAAUGGGCCGGGUUUGAAGCUGAUGCAAAUGGGUGAUUUUGGAGAGAAUGUGGUGGAUUCAUCAGGACAUGGUUUGAAUUUGGAUCCGGGUUUGGAGGUCCAGAGCAAUGGGAAUCCAGAGAGCUACAUGAGUUUGCAAAAUGGUGAUUGGAAUGGGAGCAGUGGCUGGCCUGACCUUGCCAUUUACACACCAGGUUCAAGUUUUCAGUAGAUAUAUAAUUAGAUAAAUGCUUUCCAUAUAUUUAUAUUAGUCUAUGAUAUAAUGUUUCACACUUGAGAAACUAUGAUUGUGAAGAGAAAUGGAGUAUGAAUGACUCUUUAGGCUUAAUGCUAAGCAGCUUUAAGCUUUUAAUUUUAGCGUUUUAUGAGGUUAUAGAGAGGGUGAGAAACACCAAAGUCCACAGAGCCUUACCAAUAUAGUGUUCCAUAUGUAAUGGUUUGUUUUGUUCUCCUUUGUGUGGUUUUUGGUUGUAUCUAAUAUAACUUAAAUAUGAAUGACCUUUUCUUGUUCUCUUUC